GGGACUGACCGUGAGCAACUCGCAUGCUGUGCUGGGAACGCUGCCAUCUUGAGGCUGACACCAGGGGCCAGGCUGUGCCCCACCUCUGGGCACCGCGUGCAGGAGGGGACGGCCUGCGUCACUCGGGUCCGAUGCCCAGGACGCCUCAAGGGCACCUUCGCCUGUGCCGGUGGUGUUGAUGGCUGAGGGGCGUCACAGAGCUCCAAGCAGAACAGUGGAGCUCCGAGCUCGGCGUCACUGGAGGAGUUAAAACCAGCCAUUGCCUCGCCCUUUGCCCUGUCCCUUGGGGGCUCUUAGGGUAUGAGGUGGGACCCAGGUAGAGUGACAGGCUUGGCUGGGAAGUGGGGAGGGCCCCAGCCGUGAGGACUUCCUGCCAGCCUCCUCUGGAACUCUCGGGAGGGGCUGUGUGUGGCGGCGGUCACAGCCCUGGGGUGGGGGUGGGGUGAUACAUGCGUGGUGCGUGCCUGUGUGUCUGCCCCAGUUGGCCGGGGCUGGGCUGGGCUGGAGCCAGCGGAAGCAGACAGGUGACUGCAGUGUGGAAUGGGAGGCCGCGUUGUUCCGGCAUCAUCAGAUAAAGGUGGUUAAACAUUGGUCAGGGACCUGAGCGCCGGAUUCGGGCCCCCCUGGGAGGGACUGGAGGCUGCGCUCUGGGGGAAGCUCAGAGGCACCGAGCGGCGCUGCCUUACAGGGACUGCGGCGUUGACGUCAGGCGGCCUGCAUGGCGCUGCGUCAGAAUCCGGCUCUCGGCCCUCGCCCUGGCAGUCUGUGAUGGGUUCACAGUGUGCACUCUCCCCCCGUUACUUGUUUUUUUUUUUUUAAUAGAGCCUGUCUGGCUCCCGUGACUUUUUUUUUUUUUCAAUUUAUUUUUUGACAAAUAGAGUUACAGACAGUGAGAGAGAGAGACAGAGAGAAAGGUCUUCCUUCCAUUGGUUCACCCCCCCCAAAAUGGCCGUCAUGGCUAGCGCUGCGCCGAUCCAAAGCCAGGAGCCAGGUGUUUCCUCCUGGUCUCCUAUGCAGGUGCAGGGCCCAAGCACUUGGGCCAUCCUCCACUGCCCUCCUGGGCCACAGCAGAGAGCUGGACUGGAAGAGGAGCAACCGGGCCUAGAACCCAGCGCCCAUAUGGGAUGCCGGCGCCGCAGGUGGAGGAUUAACCAAGUGAGCCACGGCGCCGGCCCCUCCCUCCAUUGCUUGUAAUCCCACCUCAAAUCAGAUUUCAUGCUGGAGUCAAAAAGGAAAACAGUAUUCACAGAAGGUCACGGACAAGGCGUUAGGAGGGUCAGACUUGGGAAGAGGGAGACGCACCCCGCACUCGAGCGCCUGGAUCGAGUCCCGCCUUUGCCUCCGGUCCAGCUCCCUGCUGGUGCACCCUGGGGUGGGGUCCACAGGGAUGCCUCCCGCACUGGGUCCCUGCACUCACACUGGAGACCUGGGUGGAGCUCCUCGCUCCUGGCGCCAGCUUGGCCCAGGCCGGGCGCUUGCAGGGUUUGGAGGGGAGCGACCUGGCAGGUGAAGACCUGUCUCUACCUCUCUGCCUUUCUAAUGAGUAAGUAAGGAAGCCCGCCUUUCUGUACAAACAGCUGGAAACAUACAAAUUCAUGAAGAUGCGCGCGGAGCCUAGAGCACUCGGAGCCACGUCGGGGAAGCGCUGCCCGCAGGGAUGGUGACCAGGCUGUACGAGGGCAUGCGCAGGGUUGACCUGGCCGGGAAGGCGCAGGCGCCCGGCCAGCACGUCUCCCAGGAGCAGUUCACCGUGUCCCUGUCGCACCUGUUGAAGGGAGACUCCGAGGAAAAGAGCGCCAUGAUCCUGAAGAUGGUGUCUGAGGCAGGCGGUCCCGUGAGGGCCCGAGACAUCCUCAAGUUCACAGAGGACCUGGUGGGCUCUGUGGCGCACGUGCUGGCGCACAGGCAGGAGCUGAGAGGCUGGUCGGCGAAGGAGGCCUCGGGGGCCUCGCCCAGGGUCCGGGCGCUGGCUGCACGGCUGCUCUCUGAGCUGAAGCUUCCAGGUGGCGAGGCAUUUCUGAGCCCUCAGUGGCUGGACUGCGAGUGUGACCAAGCCGCGAUCCAGGACUGGGUGUCCAGGGUCCCCCACGUGGCCACGUUCCUGAGCGUGGUCGUGCAUAAAGGCCUUCUCGUCCUCUGCUCCUCGCUCCAUCUGGCCACGCUGGUCCCCGAGCGCCUCGUGGAGCAGGGGCGCGAGGUCGAGAGCGUGCUGGACGUCCUGUCGGUCAUCUACGUCAACUCCCACCUGCCCCGCGAGUGGCAGCGCCGCUGGCGGCUGCUCUUCUCGGCCGAGAUUCACGGGCACAGCUUCUCCCAGCUCUGCGGGCGCGUCACCCAGCGUGGGCCCUGCGUGGCUGUCCUGGAGGACCACGACGGCCACGUGUUCGGGGGCUUCGCCUCGUGCUCGUGGGAGGUCAAGCCUCAGUUCCAAGCAUGGCCGUGUACACGCACACGGGCUACAACGACCACUACAUGUACCUCAACCAUGGCCAGCAGACCAUCCCCAACGGACUGGGCAUGGGCGGGCAGCACCACUACUUUGGGCUUUGGGUGGACACCGAUUUUGGGAAGGGACACAGCAAAGCCAAGCCCACGUGCACCACGUACAGCAGCCCGCAGCUGUCGGCCCAGGAGGACUUCCGGUUUGAUAAGAUGGAGGUGUGGGCAGUCGGGGACCCCGAGGAGUUGCAGCUGGCCCAGAGCAAGAAGAGCAUCCUGGACGUGGACCCCGAGGCCCAGGCACUGCUGGAGAUCACUGGGCGAGCCCGCCACAGCGAGGGGCUCCGCCAAGUCCCCGAGGAUGACCAGUGAGGGGGCCUGCGUGGAGCUGCGCGUGGACUCCUGGGACCGUGCACCUGUCCGCGGACCCUCUCCUCCUCCCGCACUGCUUUAACUUGAACGUGGCCCCCAGGGUCACGUCUGGGCCGUCCUGAACGUGCUCCAUCAGCGCACACCUGGCGUCAAGAAAGACCCCGCGGGAGCCACUCGAGUGUCCCCAAGAGGUCCCAGUGUCCCUGUAGCAGCUGGACCUUCCGCUGCGCUUCCUAUCAGUGAAGGCCAGGACGCAGCGGCUGGGAGGGGCCUGUCGGCGGGGCUGCACCUGCUGACGGUUCCUGCGCCCGGAGCCGUUCUGGUGGAAGCGUGCCUCGAUGGUUCUUCUCGACUGGACGGGACCCUGGACAGCUUUGCAGACAGCUCCGGCAGCCUGAGAUCCCUGCAGGACGUGUGCUUGUACACACCCAGUGGGGACAGCGUGUGACACAGAGGGCCACGGUCUCCGUAACCCGGGCCCUCGGCAGGGCCGUGUCACCAUGGUCCUGCAGUCAGCUGUGGUUACAGAACCUGUGCUGCGGCCAAAAGCCAAAGGAGGUCGACCUGCGGCGCCGCAGAGCGCGGUUCUGUGUCUGCUGCUGCGGUGCUGUGUCCCCGGCGCUGCGGCUGAUGCGCACGCACGGAGCCGGGCCCCCAGCCCUGGCGCACCGUCUCACCACUUGUGGGAGUCGUGGGGAAGUGGACCGUGCAGACCGCGUGUGAACAAGCGCCACUGUUCCCGAGAGGCUAAGGGGCGGGGUGUGUGCUGGGCCUCCCCCCACCUCUGCAGGCCCCGCGAGUCACACGCGCACUGGGUCAGCUCUAAGCCACCCGCACGCCUCUCGCUCUGGUCUUGGGCGAUGAGCAGGGCCUUUUCUCAUGGACUUACCGGGGCAGAGCCCAGGAAACCGGGCCGGAGGCUCAUCAGAGCUCCCGCCUGCCGGUGUAGAAGGGAAGCGUGCGCUCGGUGCGUGGGCUGCAGGUGACGGCAGGGACCCGUCAGCACGGACUGCGCUCCUGAAGCCGGGUUUUCUAAGUGCCUGGGUACGUCGUGUCGUCUGCCCGAUCACAGGGAGAAUGAGGAUUCUACACCCAGAGGACCAGAGCCCUGCGUCAGGCUGGUUUGGAGUUACAUAUACAUGUGUGUAUCUAUGAUUAAAUACCUCACCGCAGGCCGCGGCGUGUGAACCUGA